AUGAAAAACCAAACUGAGAUAGCUGAAUUCAUCUUGAUUGGAUUUGAGGGUGAGCCACAUAUGGAGACAGCUCUAUUAGUUCUCUUCUUAAUGAUGUACAUCACCACCCUGGUGGGGAACAUUGGCAUGAUCAUAAUCAUCAGUGCUGACUCCCAACUUCACACCCCUAUGUACUUCUUCCUGAAGAACUUGUCCUUCAUAGAUAUAUGUUACUCUUCAGUCAUCACACCCAAAGCCAUGCUGAGCUUUGCCAAUGGGAAAAAGACAAUUUCCUAUAGAGGAUGUGCAACUCAAAUGUUCUUCUAUUCUCUUCUUGGGACCACUGAGGCUUUUUUUCUGGCUGGGAUGGCAUAUGAUCGAUUCAUUGCUAUCUGCAAGCCAUUGCUUUACCAUGCUACUAUGUCCAAGAAGAACUGUGCAUGUCUGGUGGUGGUUUCAUACUUCUUAGGCUUUCUCAACUGUUGCACCCAGACUACUCUCACAUUCAGUUUGUCGUAUUGUGAGCCAGGAGAGAUCAACCAGUUCUUUUGUGAUGUCCCAGCUGUCAUGAAGGCCUCUUGCUCAGACACUUUCACAAAUGAAAUUGUACUCCUAGUGCUUUGUGGGUCUAUUGUAGUAAUAACAUUCACAAUUGUCCUAACCUCCUAUAGCUACAUCGUAGUUACAGUGUUUCGCAUACCAUCUUUAAAAGGGAAAUGCAAAGCUUUCUCAACCUGUACUUCUCACAUCAUGGCUGUAAGCUUGUUCUUUGGCACAGCUUUCUUCAUGUACGGGCAGCCUGGGGCCAUCUCUUCUCCUAAUCAUGGCAAGGUUGUGUCUGUCUUCUACACCAUUGUAAUCCCAAUGUUGAACCCAUUAAUCUAUAGCCUAAGAAACACGGAAGUAAAAAAUGCCUUGGUAAGGCAGCUGAAAAGGGUGUAUUUCCUUACUCUUUUUUUUUUUGUUUUUAAAAAAGCAAACUCACAUGCCACAUAUGAAAAAUACUCUUGA